GGGGACUUAGUUCUGUGCUGGAGUGCAGCAGGAGGACCAGCCCUAGAGCCAGAUCAUGAAGAAGCGCUUCGUGGUGCUGGCAGUGGUGGCUGUCGCCCUGCUGCUCCUCAUCAUUGGCCUCUGCUUCUGGCUGCCCUUCACCUCCAAGCCGCCCAACCACGUGUACCCCAGGGCAGCUGUGGCCACAGAUGCCAAGCACUGCUCAGAGAUCGGGAGGGACGCGCUGCGGGAUGGCGGCUCGGCGGUGGACGCCGCCAUCGCAGCCCUGCUGUGCGUGGGGCUCAUGAACGCACAUAGCAUGGGCAUCGGGGGUGGCCUGUUCCUCACCAUCUACAACAGCACCACACGAAAAGCGGAGGUCAUCAACGCCCGCGAGAUAGCCCCUGGGCAUGCCUUCAACACCAUGUUCAACAACUCGAAGCAGUCGCAGGAAGGCGGGCUGUCGGUGGCAGUUCCUGGUGAGAUUCGUGGCUAUGAACUGGCGCACCAGCGACAUGGGCGGUUGCCCUGGGCUCGCCUCUUCCAGCCCAGCAUCCAGCUGGCCCGCCAAGGUUUCCCUGUGGGAAAGGGCUUGGCAGCAGCCCUGGAGAAAAGCCGGGCUGUCAUCGAGCAGACGACUGCCCUGUGUGAGGUGUUCUGCCGGGACGGGAAGGUGCUGCGGGAGGGGGACAGAGUGACCAUGCCACGGCUGGCUGACACAUACGAGACGCUGGCCCUCGAAGGCGCCCAGGCUUUCUACAACGGGAGUCUAACGGCCCAGAUUAUUAAGGACAUCCAGGAGGCUGGGGGCAUUGUGACGGCUGAGGACCUGAAGAACUACCGUGCUGAGCUGAUUGAGCACCCCCUGAGCAUCAGCCUUGGGGACACCCGGCUCUAUGUGCCCAGCGCCCCGCUCAGUGGGCCGGUGCUGGCCCUCAUCCUCAACAUCCUCAAAGGAUAUAACAUCUCCCGGGCAAGUGUGGAGACACCUGAGCAAAAGGGCCUGACCUACCACCGCAUUGUGGAAGCCUUCCGGUUUGCCUAUGCUAAGAGGACCCUGCUUGGGGACCCCAAGUUUGUCAAUGUGGCUGAGGUGGUCCGAAACAUGAGCUCCGAGUUCUUUGCCACCCAACUCCGGGCCCAGAUCUCCGAUGACACCACCCACCCAGCCUCCUACUAUGAGCCUGAUUUCUACGUACCGGAUGAUGGGGGCACCGCCCACCUGUCUGUGGUUGCAGAGGAUGGCAGCGCCGUGUCAGCCACCAGCACCAUCAACCUCUACUUCGGUUCCAAGGUGCUAUCGCCAGUCAGUGGGAUCCUGUUCAAUGAUGAGAUGGACGACUUCAGUACCCCCAACAUCAUCAACGAAUUUGGGAUACCCCCCUCACCAGCCAACUUCAUCCAGCCAGGGAAGCAGCCACUCUCGUCCAUGUGCCCAACGAUCAUCGUGGACCGCGAUGGAAAGGUCCUCAUGGUGGUGGGUGCCUCCGGGGGCACUCAGAUCACCACGGCCACCGCGUUGACCAUCAUCCACAGCCUGUGGUUCGGCUACGAUGUGAAGCAGGCAGUGGAGGAGCCCCGGCUGCACAACCAGCUUCUGCCUAACACUACGACACUGGAGAGAGACAUGGACCAGGCGGUGAUUACAGCCCUGAAGGCCCGGCACCACCAAACCAAGAUCACUCCUACCUUCAUUGCUGUGGUGCAGGCCAUCGUCCACACUGCUGGCGGCUGGGCUGCUGCUUCAGACUCCAGGAAAGGCGGGGAGCCUGCUGGCUACUGAGUGUUCAGGGCGGGCAACACUGACCAGCAACCCAGGGAUGAGAUGCCCAAGAGGAGUGGGACUUUGGGGGAUAUACGUCCCCUGUGUGUGGCAAAGCAGUGCAAUAAAUGGGGGCCGCAGCGCCAGGCUCUGGGCAGUCUACCGGCCGGCUUGCAACUGC